AUGAGUUUGAAAGAUUCCUUCAUUUAUCUAAGUUUAGUUAUUCCUGGAAAAAAGAGCCCCGGACAAAAUGUGGAUGUGUUUCUAAGACCGUUGAUAGAUGAAUUGAAGCACUUGUAUGAUGAAGGCAUUGAAGUUUAUGAUGCUUAUCGUAAAGAAAACUUUAUGAUGAGAGCCAUCCUUUUGUGGACCGUUAGUGAUUUCCCUGCAUACGCAAUGUUGUCUGGUUGGAGCACACAUGGAAACUUAGCUUGCCCAUAUUGUAUGGGAGACACAAAAGCCUUUCGAUUACAUGCCGGAGGAAAACCAAGUUGGUUUGACUGCCAUCGGAGAUUUCUGCCUCCGUCCCACCUUUUUCGUAGUGAUAAAAGUGGAUUUCGAGAUAAUAAAUCUGUACCGUCAUCAGUAGGACCUCCCCCUGAGUUAACUGGUUGGGAUUUGUACAAACAAGUGUUUAACAUUUCAACCGUCUAUGAAGGUAAGCUGUAUAACCCAAAGAUUAAAGACCCAGCUUUCGGUAAAACCCAUAAUUGGGUAAAGAAAAGCAUUUUUUGGGAGCUUGAUUAUUGGCCAAUGUUAUUAAUCCGACACAACCUCGAUGUAAUGCACAUUGAGAAAAAUGUUUUUGAGAAUCUAUUUCACACAAUAAUGGAUACUCCCAAAACAAAAGAUAAUAUAAAGGCAAGGAUAGAUGUUAAAGAGUAUUGCAAUCCGCCAUCACUUCAUAUAUGGACGAAGAACAAUAAUAAAUAUAUGAAACCUAAAGCAUCAUACACCUUAACCAAACCGGAGGUUCUUGAAGUAUGUAAAUGGUUGAAAAAGGUAAAAUUUCCUGAUGGAUAUGCUUCAAAUAUAGGGGGAUGUGUAAACGUUAAAGACGGUACGUUUUACAGCUUUAAAAGUCAUGAUUGCCAUGUCUUCAUGCAACGAUUAUUGCCUAUUGUUUUAAGAGGGAUGCUUCCAAAACAAAUAUAUGAACCCAUAGCAGAGCUCUGCACAUUCUUCCGUGUCAUAUGCUCAAAGGUUUUACACAUUGAAGAUUUGCAUAAAUUGCAAAAAAGUAUCGUUGUAACGAUGUGCAAGUUAGAAAAAAUCUUCCCACCUGCAUUUUUUGACUCAAUGGAACACCUUGUUAUACAUUUGACCAAUGAAGCGAUUCUUGGUGGUCCGGUGCAGUUUAGGUGGAUGUAUCUGUAUGAGAGGAAGUUGGGUCGAUUGAAAAGAACAAUUAAAAACAAAGCAAGGGUUGAAGGAUCCAUAGUAGAGUCAUAUCUCGUAGAGGAACUUUCUCAAUAUUGCUCCUUGUAUUUGGACUCGACAAUAAAGACAUGCGUGAACCGUGAACCUCGUAAUUUUGCCCCUAACAUUCUUUAUUCUUCGAGUACGGAUUCUCGGUUAAGUAUAUUCAAACAUCCAUCUCGAAGAUUAUAUGACAAGGGUGGAAAGACUAUGGUUCUGACGGAUAAAGACAUGCACAAGGCUCAUACUUAUAUACUGCUUAACUGUCAAGAGCUUCAUGAUUCUGGUCGGUUAUUUGAUGAAGAAAUGAGAGCUUCAUUUCCUAAUUGUUACCAAGUAACACUUGAUAAAAAGAAAGAUGAGGAAUUUGCUAAGCGGUUGCGGGUUUAUGUUUUAAAUGGACCAGAGAAUGCACACUUGAGAGAUAUAGCACAUGGGCCUCUCACUUAUGUUAGAUCACACAAAGGCUAUCUGAUAAAUGGUUACAAGUUCCACACACGAACAGCCUACCAUGGGCGGGUCACAGAAAGUAGUGGUGUGUACGUGAAAGGGGCUAUUUGUAAUGAACAUGAAAGUGACUACUAUGGAUUACUAGAUGAGAUCCUAGAGUUGGAAUAUCAUAGCAGCUUAGGAAGUUGUGUAGUUGUUUUGUUUAGAUGCACAUGGUAUGAUCCCAUAAAAGGUGUAAGGGUGAACCCAAAGACUAAUAUGGUUGAUGUUAAUUCCAAGGCAAUAGGAUGUGUUGAUGACCCAUUUAUUCUUGCAUCCCAAGCACACCAAGUGUACUAUACACCAUAUCCUUCAAAAGAAAAAGGAUUAAAAGACUGGUGGGCUGUUGUCAAGACGACACCAAGGGGAGUUUAUGAACUAGCUGAAGAUGACAUUGUAGUUGGUGAUAAUGAUAAUGAAGACGUGGAGCAUUUCCUACAAGAGAAUGAAAGGAUAAUAUGUUCAGCUAAUAAUGAGGAUUUGCUCCCAAUUAUUCAUGAAGAAACAAAUGUAAUAGAUGAAGUUGAUGAUGUAAAUGAUGAUGAUAACGAAGAAGAUGAGUUUGAAGACAUUCAUUCAGAUGAUGGCGAUGAGGAAUUUGAAGACGAAGAUUCGGAUUAG